AUGCAUGGCCUGCUGCCCGCUCGCUGUACGGUUGGUGGCCCCGCGUUGGUGGCAAUGGGCUCCUUUGGAGCGGUGUACCAUGCACGGCUCGACGGCGCGCCGUGCGUCGCAAAGCGAGCCGCCGCGGGAGAGCGGGCGGCGCAGUUCUUCGAGACCGAGGCGCACUUCGAGGCGUCUGGUCAGCUGCACCUCGUGUGGGAGCGGUGCGGCGAGGCGACGCUCGGCGAGUACCUCGAGCGCGGCGACGAGGGGCGGGUGGAACUAACAGCGGCGCUCGGCUGCGUCGCGUCCGAGCUGCCUCGCCGAACGCUGCAGCUGGUCCUCGAGGCCCUCGCCCACAUCCACUCGCUCGGCGUCGUGCACAGAGACGUCAAGCCGCACAACCUGCUGGUCGACACGAGAGGCCGCACGCUCGCGCUGAUCGACUUUGGGUCCGCGUGCGACGUCGCCGGCUGGGUGGUGCAGCGAGGUCUCGAGGCGGGGAGGGUGCUCUACUGCCCGCCCGAGCAGCUGCUCGCCGUGCGGCAGCCCUUCACGCUCGCCUUGCCCGCCCUCACGGAGGAGGGCCUGCACGACCUCGCCGCGUGGCGCAUCGACGCCGCCGCCGCAGACGCGCUGCCCGACGCGUGGGAGAGCGCCUUCCCGCUCGACGGCGAGGCGUGGCAGCUGCUCUGCGGGCUGAUAACGCCGGUGCCGGCAGACAGGCCGGUGGCGGCGGAGGCGCUGCUCUCUCCAUUCCUGAAUGCGGACUGCCACUCCACGGGCGAGCCAACCCCCGCGCCCCUCCCGUGGACUCUGGAUGCGGUCGUCGCCGGCACAACCGCCGCACCGCGACGCAUUGUGGCAGAAGAGUGUGGUCUGGACUAG